AUGGCUAAUUACUCUGCAGCAAAGCAGGAUGUGGAGGGUAUCGCGAAGGAAUAUGGAUUUAUUCAGCCGCGUACUCUCGAGGAGAUCGGUCGUAACAAUCCUGAGCACCGACGCGAGAUUGAAGAGAGCAUGCUAGCCAAGGACAAGAAGAUAGGGCAUUCAAUAAUAACGCUUGCGAAGAACAUUUACAGCAGUAAUGCGCGGUUCGUCUUCGAGCUACUGCAAAAUGCUGAUGAUAACCAAUUCAAACGCGCAAUCGGCAGAGAUGAACGGCCUUAUAUCUCCUUCAAGAUUUUUCCUGGUAAAAUUGUCAUUGAUUGCAACGAAGAUGGAUUUACCAAAGAAAAUCUCUCGGCCAUGUGCUCGGUGGGAGAAAGCACCAAAGCAUCGUCACACGGGUAUAUUGGAGCAAAGGGCAUUGGCUUUAAGUCUGUUUUCAUUGCUGCGUGGAAAGUCAAAAUACAAUCUGGAGAUUACAAUUUCUAUUUCAAGCAUAACAGGGGUGAUCUAGGUCUGGGAAUGGUACUCCCAGUGUGGGAGGAUGCUGACGAAGAACUACCCGAUUCCUGCACUCGCAUAACCCUACACCUUCACCAGAGAGGCGACCCAGAAGAGAUAGAACAUCUCCAUGGAACUAUUCGCAAGCAGCUGAGCGACCUGGAGCCAACAUGUCUUCUUUUUUUGAAGAAUCUCAAGCAAAUCAAGCUGGCGUUCUUUGACGAAAACGGCAAUGCGCAAAGCGAUAAGACAUUUCAUCUCGAACAAUGCAACGCGCGGAGACUCUCUCUUAAAUAUAAGUCAGUUGAUGAGAAUCAGAAUACGAAUGAAGGACAAAGCGACUACUAUGUUACUCGCUAUACUGCAACUAGGCUUCCAAGAAGCGACAACCGUGAUAUACCCGCUACGCCUGAAGGGCAGCGAAUUUCUGCCGAAGCUGAAAUCGUUCUCGCGUUUCCUUUAACCAUUGACAAUAAGCCUCUCCUUGAACCACAGUCUAUCUUUGCAUUUCUCCCUGUGCGCAAAACAAGUUUCACCUUUCUCAUACAAUCCGACUUUGAUACGACUGCGAAUAGACAGGAUAUCUCUUCAUCUAGAAGAAAUGAAGCACUUCUCAGUCACGUUGCAUUGGCAUUUUACCACUCAAUCCUUCAUUUCAACCAAGAAAAGGACUUGAAAUACACAUGGCCAUUGUAUCUUCCAUCGCCAGAGGAUGCAGUCGCAACCUUUGGGGCAGAUUUCCAUUCGACAUUCCGGACAAAGCUAGGCUUGGAGAAUUCCAUUCUAUAUACUCGAAACAACAACUUUCGUCCCAUAUCGCUUACGUUCAGACCCUCUUCGACUUUCUAUGAUAGUGAUAAAAACGUGCUGAUCGAUGACCCCAUUACGGACCCUUUCAUUUCGGGUCAUUAUUCGCUGAAAGCUCGGAAUGCACUUUCAAGUUACGGUUUGGCAUCAAUGUCUUGGAAGUUGGGAUUGGAGCUUCUGUGUAAAGAUCUGAAGAGACCCAUGGCUCUGUCGCGUAUGAAAUCGACUUCAACGAAUGAUGACACCCAUAGACGCAUGGCGAACUUUCUCUCUCAAGCUGCAAGGGCUAUAGGAACUGAGGCCUUAAUGUCACUAAAGCUUCUUCCAUUGAGAGAUGGGACCUGGGUUUCUCCAAGUUCGAAGCAUGAUGUUUAUUUCCCAACAAGCAAGGGCAUUCUCAUUCCUUCGGGUCUUGAUUUUCUCAUUUUGGACAGUCGUGCCGCUGCCCAUAAAGAUCGCAGCAUUCUCUUCUCAGAGCUAGGUGUCUCGGAGAUAAAACUUGUUAAGGUACGCGAAUCCGUGCUGAAACAUAAUAGCCCUUUAUUUUUCUUGGAUAAAGGUUUGAAGAUCGUGGAAUCAAGAGACCAUCUGCGAUUCCUAUAUCAGACCCACCACUUGAGGAUUGAAGGGGAGGAUUUCAAAAACUUGACUUUGUUCCUUCGCAAUGGGAAGCCGGUUAGGCCGAGUUUUUCAGACUGUUAUAUCCCAUUGGACAUUCCCUACGGACCGAAGGCUCUGCUGGGGGCAACUGACAGCUCUCCGGGUAUGAACGUGGAUUUUGUUCACCCGAUGUAUCUUGAAGAGCCUCCUGAAGCACCCCCUGGGAGCAAUUGUUCGUGGCUUAUAUGGUUGCAAGAAAACAUUCGACUUAUGACAGAACCGCAACUCGUCAGCCGCUCCAGUCGGGAUAUACUAUCACUUGCUUGGUAUUAUCUAGAAGAAUAUCGGCCGAGUAAACUACUCGAUUUUCUAAAACAUACCUGGAGAUCUGCGAUAGAUAUACACGGUUCACUUCCGAAUGGCAUUCGAGACACAAAUGCAAAAGAGCUCUGCAGAAUUGUGUUGCCAGUGACAUGUGGUCUUGACGAAACAUAUCUUCCCCUUCCGGAGAUAGUGAGAAAGUCAGAACGAUUUUUGGGCCCUGAUCCAAUUUUCCCUUUUCUGAAACUCUCAGAGGCUGAAACAAUGGAGGAGAUUAUUUCAGAGUGGCUAUUUCUCCAUACGAAGAUUGGCGUGAGAAAGGAUGACAAUAUGGAGUUCUUGCUUGACAUCCUGAAAUGGUUGAAAAUUUCAGAGCCUGACGCAAAUUCUAUCGAUGACCAUAGGCGAAUUCUCAAACUCUACAGUGCAAUGGACGCAAAAUUCUACGAAGCCGAAAACAAGCCAGAGCUACAGGAGCGCAUCAGUGCAGAAAUCAGAUCUUUCUUCCUGAGCGAUAACUACAUAUUUGUUCCCAUGAUCUAUGAAGGUGAUAUUGCGAAUGCAGAUUGGGCUGGUAUAGAGGAAUGUCUGUGGGAUGGACCGGAGAAUAUGCUCACCAAAUACUCACUUGCUUCUGUUUACGGGCACCUCUGUGACGAAAGCGAACUCUCGAACAUAUCAAGAUUCUUUUGUCAGGUUCUGAAUAUCGGAUCAGCAACCUGGUCCGACCUGACGAAAGAGUUAAUUGCGCAGAAGGAUGAGGGUCCUGACGAGUUUGGUCCCAUCUUUGAGCUCUACGAAUACCUUCAUGGAAUGAAAGUUACCGUUUUUGCUGGUCAGCUCAGACAAGCGUUCCAAGAGAACUCUCUGAUUUUUGCGUCCUCCAAUUCUCGGGUUGGCUGGUACAAAAUUUCUGAGUGUCUAUGGUCAAGUACCACAGCCAUACGAGGAAAGGUCACGCUCAACGACGAUUACGAGGAUCUGGAAGAUUUCUUCGUCAAAACUCUAGAGGUUCAGAUGUUAACAAUUCAGAUGGUAUAUGAUGACCUCAUGGGCACCAACUCCGAAUCAACAAUUGAUGAGACUGUGUCCAAAAUCUGGUCCCUCAACGCAUUGCUCCCAGGGAACAGAAGCUCUGUUGACCCCGAGGCCCUGCGGGAGAAGCCAAUCUUCCCCGUUGUCUAUCCCGACGGUACAAAAGCUCUUAAAUCUGCGAGUACCCAGUUUGCAAUUGAAGAUCGUGAAUACUUAGCCUUGAAGUUUCUCGGGAAGAUCAAAAUUCUUGACUUUAACCAGGAGGAAGUUCGUGAUCUCAAAGUCUUCUUUGACUGGAUCAAUAUAGCACACUGUUACCUUUCGACUUCAAUUAAGGAGCUGACUUCUAUCUCCGGUGACACUGUCCCAUACUCUCCGCCUCCUACUUUUGAUUUCAAGUACAAAGCUUAUGCCAUCCUUCGUGUCGCGCAUACUUUCAAAAGCCCCAGAUAUAAAGCCGACGAUCAAGAACUUUACCGAGUACUACAAGCAGCUAAAAUUGAAGUCGCGGAUACAAUCAACACUGUCCUACUCAUCUCUCAGAAUGGCAAACUGAAUGACGUGGAAGAAACCGGUGCAAAGUUACAUAUUGCUGAGCACGCGUCUAAUCUGACUUUCUAUGUUCCCAGAGACAGAAAAUCCCAGCAUCUUUGCUUCUGCAAAUUCUUACCAGAGCAGCUUGCUGACUGGCUUAUGAGAGAUCCGACAACACAAAUCCUUCCAGUUGACAAGAUCGAAGACGAAAUGGUGAAUUUGAUGACGAAGAUAUUUUGCAUAGACCCAUCCGGUCUGUACGAGAUUCUAAGCCGUGAGGGUAUAGAUGAAAUUGACAUCAUCAAUGUGGACUUAAGGGUUGACGAUGACGACGAGGAUGAGGAUGAGGAUUAUGAAGAUGAUUCCUCGGAGGAUGAUGGCUCAGAGGACGAUGGUUUGGAAGAUAAUGAUUUGGAGAUUGGAGACUCAGAGGUUGAAGAUUUGACGAAUGAUGUGGAUAAUGAGGAUGAGGAUGAUGCACACAGCACUGGAAGUCUUCGAGAGCCCACAGGCACGGAAGAUCGAUUCUCUACCGAUAAUUUCGAGUCGUCGACACAGUCUCCAGGCUACAUAACUGCCAUACAAGACCCAAUGGCUCCUCAAUCGCCUCGACCCAGUCCCUCUCCACCAAUUCCCGUCUCCUCGCCCAACAACCACCCACCAGAUGAGGAUUCACAAUACCAGCGUCUCCUCAACCAUGCCAUCUCAGUCGCACGAAGGAGUUCAUUUCCUUCGAGGGGGGCCUUCAACAUGGAUCACUUGAACCAAGCCCUCCGCGAAGUGGUAGGAGACGACCAAUAUGAGGGUUUCAACGGCCCUGGGGUGGUGGGUGCCUUUCGCUCCAGAAACCAGUUGGAAAGGGACAAGAAAAUCGGGGCGGUGGGAGAACUCUACGUUUUUGAGGUUCUUAGCAGGCUCGACCAGCCUUUGCCAAAUUGGACCAGUGAAAAUUGGCAAAGCACCAUUCGCCAAUAUGUGACAAGUCACCCCGACUAUAAUACAAUGGCCCCCUGGUAUGGACGAGAGACAGCGGACUUUGUCUAUAAUGAUACAGAAGGGGCGUUUACCUCUUUACUUAUUGAUCAUGGAUAUAUUGAAGCCAGUGAGUGGGCAACCAGACGACCUAAGUACUUUAUUGAAGUCAAGACCACGACGGGACCAUUGGGAACUCCGUUCUUCAUGAGCAAACAUCAAUUUCGACGAAUGGGAAUGAUACAUAACAGAGAAGACCGUUCAGAAGUCUAUUUGAUCCUUCGCGUGUUCAAUAUACGAGGGCCUAAUACUGGGAUGUGUUUGUACCUCGACCCGGAGAGGUUAAGAUUGGAUGGAGGACUGGUGUUUACUGGUGAGACAUGGUCAGUUGUUCCUGGAGAGCCAGGUCUACUUUGA